CUGUCUCGCUUCGUCUCUCUCUCUCAUUUUUAGUGAGAUGAAGCAGGAGCUGGCAGAGGAAGGCAGCAGAUGCUCCAUCCUCUCGAAGCAGCAUCGUUUCAAUGAGCACUGCUGCAUCCGCUGCUGCGCGCCCUUUACCUUCCUGCUCAACCCCAAGCGCCAGUGCCUGGACUGCCAGUACAACGUCUGCAAGACCUGCUGCACCUACAGCGAGAGGGACAAAGCCUGGCUCUGCUCUGCUUGCCAAAAGGGAAGGAUUUUGAGAACACAGUCCCUCGAAUGGUAUUACAACAAUGUAAAGAUUCGUUUCAAGAGGUUCGGCAGCGCCAAAGUUCUGAAGACUCUGUACACAAAGCACAUUAUUGAAAGAGGGGCCCUCUCUGAUCUCCCAGAGAGCAGUGUUCCCGAGGGAAGCAACGAGAACAAUGGCAGCGUCUGUGGCAGUGACUCGGCUUUCUACAGACAGAGUGAAGGACACAGUAUGGCAGAGACACUCACAGUCGCCCUGCGUGUUGCUGAGGAGGCCAUAGAGGAGGCCAUCGCUAAGGCAGAGGAGUUCAGUGACAGCUUGGAGAAGCAGAAUGAGGCUCGGUAUCUGCGUGACCACAAAGAAGAGCUCAUAGAGGAACUUGCCACAACCAUUGUACAAAAGAUAAUCCAGAGGAGGAAGCGUUCAGAGAUGCACAGAGAGUAUGACUUUGUCUGGUCUCAACCUCAGUCCCUGAUCCAGCACAGUGAGCUGCCCUCGCCAUCUCAACCUCACGCUUCUUCACAGGGACCACAGGAUCCCCUCGCGACCUCCUACUCCCUCUGGCGGUCACAGUCAGCGUUCUCCCUCACCAGUGAUGACUCCCCAGAGAAGGGUCCAGAGGACGAGGGUGCUGUAGCCAGCAGUGGCUUGCAGGACUAUGCUUCUCUGAAGAGAGAGGGCAAGGCCACAUCACUACCCAGCUGGAAGAGUAUGGAUCGCCUGGACAACUCCAGUGCAUCCUCAGUUCUCCAAAGCCCAGAUGGUAACUGGAUUGCCCUGCACAGUUCUCAGCUGUCUCGGCCCAGCCUGCUAACCAAGAGGAAAAGCCUUGUGUUCAGUGUGUUGGAAAAAGAGUCCGGUGUUGUCUCAGCAUAUGACGAGAUGGGAUCUGACUCUGAGGGGGACGAUGAAGGCAGCUGGGGUGCAGCUCUACAACAGUUCCAGUGCAAACUGUCAGAUGAGACUUACUACACAGACUCACAGCACGACCCAGAGUGGACAUACACCCAGCAUCUUCCUGUUACAUCACCAUCCUCUGGCCAGUACACUAACACAGAGACGCUCAACUCAGACUCUGAGGCCUCAUCAAUGCUGUCCGUGUGUCCUCGUAAACCACCUCACAAUGCGUUGAGGAAGAAAGGACCACCAGACACACACCUGCGUCCUCUUCACCAGCCCCUGUACCACCACCAUCUUCACCAGAACCUCUCUCCAUAUCCACCCCACUCUGAGGCACUGGAUGUCAACUUUAAUCCUAAGGUGGCAGGAGACAGCAGCGAGGCUGAGGAGAGGCAGAGUGACCCCAUCAGAAGGUCGCGGCGACGCAGGAAAAGCAAGAGAGAGCUGGCCACAGAGCAGAGUAGGCCUGUAGAUCUGAGCCAUGCACAGUCUCUCUACCCCUUAGUACAGGAGAACAGUGGUUUUCUGCUUAACGUCUUACAGAAGAGGGGUUUUAGUGAGGAACAGACAGUACCUGACACUAUGCCACUGGCCACAGCUGCAACAAACACCUUCAGAUUAAAUGUAAUGACACCAGAGGCAGUAAACUUAGACACAGUGGCCCUGAAUUCAACAGCCCCAAGCCCCCCUCAGCCCUGCUCAGUAGCUUUGGGAACCCAGCAUUUUCCCAACAGCUCAGGGCCUGAAAACCCUCUAGAAGAGGAUCUGCAAUCCAGAGUCAGUCAACUGGCAAACUGUGCCAACACCAAGGACAGCAGUUCUUCUGAAGAGGAGUGCACAAAGUGGACUGCAGCCAAACAGACAAAUAAAAUAAAUGGCAGACAGAAAGAGAAGUUGAGGCCAAAAGCCACAGAAGUAGAAAAGCAGAGGGCGAGUGAAACAGUGGAACAAGUGAAGGGAGAGGAGGUGAAAAGAAGUGAGAGAAUAAUGAGUCCUUCAGUGAGAGAAGAAGGAAGAGUUUGGGAGAGUAGGUUAGAGAAAGGAGUGGGAAAUUUGGAAGAGAAUAUAGACAGCCAGGGGAAAAAAAGAGGAGACAAAAAAAGGCUGACUAGACAAAGUAAGAGACAACAUAAAAGAGAUUUAGAGAACGAAACGAGACCGAAAUGCAGUACAAGGAGUGGAUCCAGCACGAGUUCAGCUGUUGUUUCACCGUCUUCCCAGGAGGGGGUGCUGUCACACAACCAGCAGAAGAACUCGGCAGCCUCUCUCUGCAGCAUCACUACAGAGGUGCUGAAGGUUUUGAAUGCUACCGAGGAGCUGAUUGGUGAGGCGGGAGGUGAGAGCUACCCCCUGUCUGAGUCCAUGAGUACGUCUCCCAUCUCCAGCAGCUCGGACACCCGCAGGCUGGACCAGAGGCUGACUAAGAUGGAGGAGAAUGUAUACCUGGCUGCUGGUGCUGUGUAUGGUCUUGAGGGGGCACUAGGAGACCUGGAGCAGUGUGCUCGCAGUAUUCGCAGCGGUACCACAGACACGGAGCUGACUUUCCUGGAAGACCAGGUGGCCACUGCAGCCGCUCAGGUCCAGCAGUCUGAGCUACAGAUAUCAAACAUUGAGGCCAGAAUAUCAGCUCUGAAAACAGCUGGGUUGAAUGUGACGGUCUGCAAUCGCUUCUUCAAACACAGGCCAAAGGCUAAGACUCAAACCCUGGACUCGUCACGUCAUCAAAGGAGGAAGCUUCCAGCACCUCCACUGAAAGAAAAACUGGAGCCAGAGCAACAGAUGAAAGUGUUUCGGCCAUAGUGACAGUCGGCAGCAUAAGUCCCUCAGGACCACUUUCGAGCCCCAGGGGUGGGGGCCCCUCUCAUCCAGUGCCUUGACCCAGCAUCUUUCUCUAGCUCCAGGCCAAGCACAGGCCAGCACCAGCUCUGUGUGACCCACCAAGCACUAAGACUCUCAGCUAGGCUCGGCAACAUGUCAGUCAAACACCUUGCAGACGACGUGACUGGCUCUUUCCCAUUUUUCCAUUUUAUCUCCGAUUUCUUCCUCCUCACCACGCACGUAAUACACCAAUCAAGAAUCACUGAACAGUCUGUGUCUCUGCCUUAAAAUCUGCAAACACUCCUCAUGACCCAACUCUUGAUGUGUACAGACAUGUCCAUCUGUUUGCAAAGUAUUGUGAUUUAAAGUACAAUGAAGAUGUGAAAAAAUCAUGUGACAUUUUCUGUGAUCCAGUGUCCCAAAAAGAGGCUGAGCCAUGUUUUAUACUGCAUCUUCUUUCUUACCAAAUAAAAUGGCAUGACAAAUUUUAUCAUAGUACUGUAAGCCCCUUCAGAGCUUUGAACGGCUGUCAGUUUUCACACUAUCAGAUAUUAAUCUGAUACCUGGGUGAUACUGGGUGAAACAAAUGCACUUACCAGAAAAUAGUGUUUAAAUGUGUGAAAUAUUGGGCUAAAAUGUUUUUGUCUUUUCCUACCACUAAAAUUGUUAGAUGGCAGUAAAUGAAUACAAAGUACACUUCAUAAGUGGCUUAUGGUGAAUAGCCAAAAGCAAACUAGUUCAAAGUAAUUUUCAACAUUAUUAGAAAUAUAAUAAUCUCCUUUCUUUCUGGGAGUUAAAUGAGAGGAUCCCCACUGUUGUCAUACUCUAAAUCUGAAGAAACCGCAGUACAGCAGGCUAGUGGUUUGCUUAGCCUAGCAUAAAGACUGAAAGUGGAGAAAAGGCAAGGCUGGCUCUGUUCAAAAUGUUUUUAUUUUAUAUUUUGGCCACAAGGGGCAGCAGAAACUAGCUCAACACAUUAAUAUAUAGCCUCUUGAAAGGCAACACUAUGUUAGCAUUUGGAGUUUUGGGAGGGAGUUGUACUGUAUACCCACCUCAAAAAAUAUUUGGUUCUGAGCACUUAGUGUACAGUGUGUUUUUAUCAGGUUUUCACCAAAAACAUGUCCCUGCUCCUGCCAGAAAUUGUUUUUACAGUUUUAUAUAUUACAAAAAUAUUUAUAAACUGUUAAUAUUUUUUAUUUUUAUUAAGUACAAAAAAGUAAUAUUUUGCUACCUCUUGUCAGAACCAGGACAGCUGUUCCACUGUUUUCAGUCUUUAAACCAAGCUGAACUAACCGGCUGCAGGCACUGGGUUCGUAUUAGACAUACAGUACGAAGAUGAGAGUGGUAUUGGUCUUCUCAUGUAACUAUUGGCAAGAAAGAAAAUAAAUGCAUUUCCCAAAAAUAUAAAACUAUUUCUUAAUAUUUUACUAGGGAAGUAAAUAUUUUACUAUUUAUUUAGAAAAGGUACUCAAUAGUCACAAACACUACAGCCAGAGGCUGUUGGGCUUUUACAUUGAUAUUAGUUAAAUAUGGUUUGAAUAAGUCUGAAUGUCAGACAGUCUGAGGUCAACUCUUGUCUGAAAGUGAUCUCAUUUAAAAAAAAGAAAAGAAAAUGCCCCAUGCAGUAUUCUCAAACAAAAGUCAUUUUCCUUUCUGUUAACUUCUUUAUUUACUUUAAAACAUUGUGGCCUUUUAUUUGAACAAAAGUAUAUUUUCAUAUUUUCUCUUUGCUGGAUCAUGUCCAAAUGUCUGUUUUAUUCAGAAACUCUUGUAAAGAUUUUUGCAUAAUUAAGUCUGAUGGGUUGUAAAACAAAUGCCAUGAAACCAUGAUUUUGUUUCAAACAAUUUAUUUUUGUACCUACUGAAAGUUUUAUGCAAUACCACUGAAAUGAGAACUAUUGCAAAUUAAAGGCUUUAUUCAGUCCUUAAA